AUGACAUCUCUUCUCCGUAAAAUGCUCCGUACUCGACGGGUCGAUGAACAAUUUCUCCGGCAUUCCGAAUGGGCGCGUCGUCUGGGAAUUCCUCUUAUGGUCGCCUUGGCUGGAAUCAAAAGUAUUUCUAUGAUGCUCUUCAUUAUUCUCCCGUUCUCACUGACUCAAGUCGCUGGCCCAAGUACUGUUCUGGCAUUGAUCUUUGCCUUUUUGAUCAUUUUCUUUACUGCUGCUCAUCUAUCGGAACUAUCCUGUACUAUGCCCAAGAAUUGUGCACAAUAUCAUUUUGCAUACGCAGUUGUUGGAGAGCUUCCCGCUUUCGUUAUCGCCUGGAUCAGUUUGGUGGAUUAUGUCGCACAGGCGGGACUAUUUUGUAAAGCAUGGGCAGAUCAUUUUAAUCUUCUCUUCCGUGGCCUUCCUGCCAAAUCGUUGACUUUUGACGUCUUCUCUCCGGAUUCCUCAAUUCUCUCCCCACAAGUUGAUCUUCUUACCGUACUCUCCGCCAUCAUAACUCUCUGUCUGCUUCUUUGUUCUCUUCGAGUCGUCGGAACGAUUUGCGUCUCUCUUUUAGCUGUAACACUCCUGAUUGCUGCUUCAUGUACUAUGGUUUCAUUCUUCCACUCGGACCCAGAGAACUGGAUCAAGGCAGAGUUCUUCCAUUAUGGAUAUAAAGGGGUGCUCUACUCGAUUUGUGCUCUUUGUGCGUGUUAUACUGGAAUCGAAAGUACAUCUUGUCUUUUGGAAGAAACGAAGAAUCCAAGAAAGCGAAUUUCUGGAGUUUUAUCCUUUUUAGUUUUGGUUCUCACAACUAUUUUCUUCAUUUUGGCAAUUACAUUUAGUUUAUCUACAAAUGUGACAGCGUUGAGUGAAGGAAUCAUGAUUCCAGAAGUUUUCUCGGCGAUAAACAUUCCAGCUGCCAAAUCCACAACCAAAUAUUGGGUCCGUCGGUUUCCGAUGAUAUCCACUGAUACCACUGCCACGUCAUCACCCAUUUCAUCAUCCGCAUUCAGAUCCUACUACGAACAGGGUUUUAUUCGAAUGCGGUACAUGCUCUCUGUGUGCUCAGUUUGUGCACUUUCCGGUGGAGUUCUUGCAUCAUUUCUUCCUGCGACACGUGUCAUUGCUGCUCUUUGCCAUGAUCGUCUGGUUCCAUAUGCCCGAGAUACUUCUACUAAAAGUCCAUACUUUGCUGUCCUCCUUUGCACUUUCCUUGUGGCUCUUUGCUCAAUGAUUCAGAAGACUCUGCUUCUCAAUUUUGUAAUUUUCAUGGCUCCAGCCAAACUAGUCAUUACGAUUCUCCUUGUCUACAUCCAACACUAUUAUCCUGAACAAAUCGGCAUUCCAGAAGAAACUUCCGGUUAUAAAUCAAUCGGAAAGAAAAGAACACGAGUACAUAUCGAUGAUGGUGUCUCAGUUGAUGAUUCCAUUUCUUUGAUGCCACAAAGAUCUAAAAGAGCAGACGAUGAUGAAUCAGAAGUCAGUCAUUCGACGUUUGAUACAACGGCGUUUUUGUAUAUGAAAGCUACGAAAAUGGAGACGGAGAGAUUGCAGAGGAGAUUGGAGAAGGAAGACAAUGAAAAUGAAGAACGGCAACCAGUUCUUGCCAAAUCCGUAUCCCAAUACCAUUCAAUGGAUCAGCAAGUUCAGAAAAAUAGAAAACCAAGCAUCAAAAAACAUGAGCAUAACUGUGUAGCUGAGCAAUGUGGAGCUGACAAUGAUGAUGACUACAACUCCCAAGAAGUUCAUUUAUUCGCCAAUGAGGAACCUGAACUCCCCUUCUUUUCCACCUUCUCCUCAUCAGCCCCACGGCCACCAUCUCCAGAUGUUAGCUUCUCCAAUUUCCAUAAAUCUCAACGUCUUCUAUUCCUUUUCUGUUUUAUGACUUCUGCAUUCUCAACUUUUCUUCGAAACUUUGCGAUGCCCACGACGACUUGUUGGCUUCUAAGUGCCGGAUUCGUUAUUAUAAUUUUGGUGUUCAGUGUGAAUAUUAACAGGUUGCAAACCAAUGAUUAUCUGUACAAAAAAGAAGCGAAAGUGACACUCUUCCCAACUGCAUCCUUAUUUGCACUAUUUCUUCUUUUGGUUUCUUUUUUCGGAAGUGUUCCAGUCAACACAUUACUUCAUUUAGUCAUUAUCUUCUUCAGUGGAAUCAUUUCCUACUUCUUAUACGGUUACCGACACAGUAAACAUCGCAAGACGGCAUGCUUGGUGAUUGAGAAUCGAUAUUCGGAUACUGUUGAUGAAGAUCAAUACUGCCCGAUUGUUGGGCUUGAUACGAGCUCAAGUUUUGAUGCCUAA